UCAUCGAGUCGUGACGUCACCAGCGGUCUGACAGCGGACGUCGCAGUCAUGGAGGAAGUGAGAGUGUUUCCCUUGACCUGUGCUGUGCAAAAUUAUGCCUGGGGUAAGAUUGGGCUGGACAGCGAGGUGGCCAAACUGGUGCUAGGUGGAGACCCAGUUGCUGUCAUAGAGGAUAGAAAACCUUAUGCAGAGCUGUGGAUGGGUGCCCACCCUAAAGGCGAUGCCCAGAUUAAAGACAACAGGAUCGCACAGACCACCCUUGGCCAAUGGGUCGCCCACUUCCCUGCCUGUCUGGGCUCCAAGGUGAAAGACACCUUCCAGGGUCAGCUGCCUUUCCUCUUCAAAGUCCUCUCUGUCAAUACAGCUUUGUCCAUACAGGCCCACCCCAACAGGGAGCUAGCCGCUCGUCUCCAUGCUCAGUUUCCGGAGCACUAUCCAGACAACAACCACAAGCCAGAGAUGGCCAUCGCUCUAACUCGCUUCCAAGGCCUCUGUGGCUUCAGACCUGUGGAGGAGAUUCUGGGCUUCCUUAAGUCGGUCCCAGAGUUCCACGCUCUGGUGGGCAACGAGGCAGCAGAGGAGCUCCGGUGCGGCGCGGGAGAUGUGGUCCGUACGAGUCAGGCGCUAAAGAAGUGCUUCACCAGGAUGAUGAACUGUGAGAAGAAGGUGUUUGUAGACCAGCUCAACAUGCUGGUGAAAAGAGUCACUGAGGAGGGUGUAGCAGGAAAGGACACAUCAAGCAGCAACGGUGACUUGUUGCUUCGCCUCCACUCCCAGUACCCCGGAGACAUCGGCUGCUUCUCCAUCUACUUUCUCAAUCACGUGGUCCUGGAUCCAGGCCAGGCCAUGUUCCUGGGAGCUAAUGAGCCUCACGCCUACCUUUACGGAGACUGUAUCGAGUGUAUGGCCUGCUCAGACAACACUGUGAGGGCAGGACUGACGCCGAAAUACAUCGAUGUCAAUACACUAUGUGAGAUGCUGAACUACAGCCCUGCCCCCGCCGCCGCCAAAAUCUUCCCGUGCGUUCAGGACGCGUCAGACCCCUGCGUGACCCUGUAUGACCCCCCAGUGCCAGACUUCACCGUCAUGAGGAUACAGGUCCCAGCCUCCGUGAAGCAGUACACUGUUGCGCCAGUCGACAGCGCCAGCAUCCUCCUGGUCAUCGAAGGCGAAGCCACGGCAACCUCCGCUGCUGCUCUGUCUGAUGUCACACUGAGGCGGGGCACCGUCCUGUUUGUCUCAGCCAAUGAGAGUGUCUCCCUGCACAUCACUUCACAGACAGGGAUGACUCUGUUUCGAGCCUGCUGCCUCCUGUAGUUGUGAGUCUGUGGUUGUGUUUGAAAGCUCAUACUACCUGUUUGUUUGUUGGUUUGAUGCAGCAAGGUCUGUACCAUGUUACGGAUUGAGUCCGAUGACUGAUGUGAACUUUUUAGUAGGUAGUAUAAAAGCUAACGGAGCCUUCCGAUCCAGUGUGUCGUUGCCCUUUGGUGCCCGCUGCUCCCCCUUAACCCCAAACUCCACCUGUGGACUGCUGUGCCCACUCCAGCUUUACUGUCUAGCUUUACAGUCCAGCAGUAGUCCAAUGUUGCUGGAUUUGAGCUGGUUUUAACUCCUUUUUUUGAAACCUGUAGUGGUGCAAGUACAACUUAUAGGUGCUGGACAGAGGACGUGUGUUUAGAAUAACAAGUAAAAUAUGUCCACCACACUCAAAUGACUAGAUCCAUGUUUGUGUUCCUCGUGGUUUGUAAAGGACACUGAGCUACCGGUCUAUUUAGUCACUGUUCUGGAGCUUAAAAUCAGUCUCGAAACUGCUUAAAAAUCUAAAUCUGAGCAUCUACAAUCCCACUAUCGGCUCUUGAAGAUCAUCAGUAUGAUUAAAUGUUCCAGAACAGCUACUAAAUGGAUGUUAGUGCUGGUAUUGUUUUGCUAACAAAAACUCAUCCUCCAUAAAAGAAGUCUGAGGGAUGUGGUUGAAAGAACUCGAAAAAGCUUCCGACUGGAGUUUAUCUUGCAAUUUGCAAGCAGGUAAUUUACAAGGAGCUCCACUGUUUUUGAGACACUUUUACUUUUUAUUCAAAGUACAGAUACAACUGAAAGUGUAUAAUUUUCCGUUCUCCGAUAAAAGUGACACACAGCAACAGUAAUUUGUUGAAAUAGCACUGAAGCAGGGUGCAGGAUACGUUUACACUGGUGCAGUACACCACUACCCACUGCUUUGGAUAACUACAGUACCACCUUGUUGAGGACUGAGCACAUCUCUUUAAUGAGCCAGCAACUGUCUUUCCCAGCGUACAACUAUCUGUUUUCUCAUUUUAACUUUAGCUUGAACUACUAAAUAUCCACCUUUCAAACUCAAAUUACGGAAAAACCAUUACUAGUAUAAUUGAGUAUAUAGUGUAAUACUGAGAUGCCUGUGCAUGUUUGAUUUACAGCAGUAAUACUGCAGAGGGGCUCUGACCUUUACUGUGAUGAUGCUACGUGGAAAUCACAGUGAGGCUGGCCCUGCUGAGUGUUAAUGCUUUGGACUGUUACCAGUGCAUGUUUACAGUCUGGAAACUUCUCAUCAAAGUAGAGAACAAUCAUAAACAUAAAAAAAAAAUAAACAGAAGCAGGUAAGAAGGCCACUAAACAUCUCUUUUCUAUGAAGUAUGACUACAUGGGAAUCAGGAAUGCAUCCAAUUUUGUUGUUUGACUAAAAAUGCACUACACCUGAUCGUUGCAUACUUACACAAUAUGACCCGAGUGUGUUAAUUCCCUGUACGUUGGUACAGCAAAAUGCUGCAUAGAAUUUUAUAUUGUAUUAUUUGGAGCCAAAUUUUUUGACUUUGUAUGUUUUGUUGUUUGUACUGAUUAAUCAAUACGUAACAUUACAUACUAAGAGAAAUCAUACCCUGAAGAAAGUGAAUGAUAAGGUUUUAUUGUUCAUUACAUCAUGGGUGAGUGAAUUGUCUUCAAAGCAUUAUCUCUUAUGGUGACUACUUUCCAACAUGUUGGUACAAUAUUGUAACUAGAUUCUUUCAGUAUGGUGCAAACUUCUGUAUAAUGUUCCAGUUCAUACCAGGGUCAAUGUGAAUUCAGUCAAUCAUAAAGUGGAUUUUCUUGUCGUAGUAGUUUUUAUAAGCUAUGUUGACUUAAAUAUUUGACAAUGAAAGCUCGAUCAGCCUGCCAAUGAAUAAAUAUCUCUCUGGAUGAAUGAAGCCCUGCUAAUGCUUUUACCUACUUCAUGGCCUUGUUAGUGAUGUGGGUUGAUUUCUAAGCUUCUCCCUAAUUGAUAUGCACUGAACCUUUAGUUGUUUGUUGUUGCUGAAACUGGUGAAAAUUGAAAAUAUGAUGAGAUAGAAGGAUGUGAAUAUUUAAUUUUAAAUCACCUACUCUUUUUGAAUAAGAACCAUUACCUCAAAUCCAUCCUUCUCUAUCUUUAAAAAGUUAGUCUCCAGUUAUUUUUGUCAACAAACAACCGGUUUGCCAUCUCUUCAUGUAAUCUAAUUUUGCAGAGGUCACCGUUGCAAACAGUCUCUGAUUUAGAAUAUUAACUUUUCAUUUGUGUAUCACAUGCUUUGGUUACUGAUCUCACUUGAAGUCACUUUUUAGUUUGAACACUGUACAUGUAGAACUUUGCACAGAGGUUAUUUUUUGAUCUUUUGGGUUAUUUCUUUUUUCAUUUUAAAUGAAUGUCCUAUAAAUGCAUACAGAGCUUAAGGUUCCCUAAUUGUUUUCUUUAACCUUUGUGGAACCAUUUCUUGUAAUGUUUCUCUAACCAGGGCAUGAUUUAGCAUUUUUGAUUAUGGUGAUGCUGUAGCAUGGGACUGCAGAGAACGUGUAAGUGGUUUAAUAAAGCCUUGUUCUAUUACUGAA